AUGUUGCAAUGGCCAAUUGCAAUUCCCUCACCAUUAGUUGAGAUUUUCUUGGCCUCACACAACAAUCUCAGUGGGAAAAUUCCACAAACACUUUUCAAUCUGAAUUUACUCGGUGCUCUUGAUUUGUCUUACAACAACUUAAGUGGCUCUAUUCCUCUGUGUUUGGGUAACUCUACUGAUUCCCUGUCAUAUCUGAAGUUGAGACAGAACAACCUUCAUGGGAGACUUCCACUAGUGUUCACAAAGGAAAGCAGUUUAAAGAUGCUUGACUUAGGCCAGAACAAGUUUGCGGGUCAGCUUCCAAGGUCAUUGAAAAACUGUACAAUGCUAACGUACAUUGAUGUUAGUAGUAAUCAAAUAUAUGAUUCUUACCCUUUUUGGUUGGGAAAUCUUCAGUAUUUGAAAGUUCUCAUUCUACGUUUCAACAGAUUCCACGGGAUAAUAAAACGAGACUCUAAAAUGGAUUACAAUUUUACAAGCUUGCAGAUUAUAGACCUCUCUCACAAUCAUUUCAAUGGAGAAAUCCCUUCAAACUACUUCAAAAGUUUGAAGUCCAUAAUAUCUUUGGGCAUGCAGAGACUGACGUAUAUGGAAGAAGACAAGCAUUUAUCAAUUGAAUCUGCGGUUCUUUACUCGCUCAACCUUUCCAAUAAUGUUCUCAACGGCAUAAUCCCGCCACCAUUGGGGAACAUUUCAAUGAUCGAGUCUUUUGACCUGUCUUAUAACAGGCUCUCAGGAAAGAUUCCUCUACAGUUGGCGAAGCUCAGCUUCCUUUCAUCAUUGGACGUUUCCUACAACAGUCUUAAUGGCCUCAUACCAAAGGGACCACAAUUCAACACUUUUGGCAUUAGAUCAUUUGAUGGAAAUUGGGGUUUGUGCGGGAUGCCAUUAUUGAGAAAGUUUGAUAGUUCAAAGAUCUCGUCUAGAAUUGCAGAAGUUGAAGAUUCAGUGUUUGGAUUUGGUUGGAGAGUGGUUUUAGUUGGACAUUCAUUUGGCUUUGCUACUGGGAUAUGGUUGGGUUUAGCUUCACUCCAUGGAAACAUAUGCCAAAAUUUACUACAUAAAUAA